AUGGUUCAUCUCACUCUCUCCAUCAAGGCCGAUCUCGAGAAUGUCACAGACCUUGUUCCUGCCUCAGACGCCUUUGAGUAUUUUUUUCAGGUGAAAUGCACAAGCUGCAACGAAGUUCAUCCCAAAUUCGUUUCUGUCAAUCGCCAGGAAGAACGUGAACUUUCUUCUGGGAAAAGAAAUAAGGCACACUUCGUCUGGAGAUGUGGCCUGUGCAAGCGCGAGUCUUCUGCUAAGUUUGAGCCGGGCGCUGUCCCGCAAUCGUAUUCGGCGGACGUCAACGGUCAGUUUGCACCACUCAUUACUUUAGAUUGCCGCGGGUUGGAGUUCGUCGGAUUUGACCCCAGGGGUAUUUGGAAAUGCGUCGGUAUUGAGUCGGGCACCGUGUUCAAUGAAGUUGAUCUGGAUGAAGGAGAGUGGGUCGACUACGAUGAGAGGGCAGCUCUCCCUGUAGGCGUCUCAAACAUCGAGAGCACAUGGAACAGAGCCUGA